CUCUGGGGGCCGCUCUUGCGAAAGGGAGUUUUAUCAGCGAAUUGCGGAGAAAUUAACUUACCUAAGGACCCUAAUAGACCGCUGGCCACUGUCACUAAAGAAAAUUUUCCCCUCCUCUCCAGACCCCAAAGGGUUCCUCGGUGAAAGUUCUUUUCCCCCUCAUCCACACUAGUCCAGUACUGAGUAGGUGCUCCGUGUCAGGGGAAUUUUUUUUUUUUACCACACUAUCCGUCCCCCAAUCACUCCAUACUAAACGAACUUCCGGUCGUAAGGCUCUUUCAUACUUCCGCUGAGGCAAUUUUCCCUCGGCAUCUCCGACCCGACUCAAUUCCUCGUUAGUCCUCUGCCGAGUCCGUCCCGAGUCCCGUGGUGGUCUGAGGCCGAAUGACUGGACACGGCGCUCUUCCUUUUCCAGGUUUGACCUGAGAUCUAUCCAGUGGUUGGGUUUACUCUUUUGGGUAAUCUUGUAACUUUUUUCCUUUCCCUUUUCUAUUCCAUUACCAUAUAGAUUAUCAAUCAGUGAGGCUGCCCACUAUGCCAUUGUUCCUCGGCAUUUCACCAUGGACACUGUCCGAUUUUUAAUGGGUACUAAAGUUUUCCUCUGCGGACCUUUUAUUCACUUGCUUCUUUACCGUCUCGGCGUUCUUCUUGAGGACCCGUUGUGGUUGGAUAGCGGUGAGGAUGGGGUAGAAAAUUUUUUCUUCUCCAUUGACGCUAGAAAAAGUUGAUUUAUGGUUAUCUACGUUUAGCGUUACAUUUCCAAUGAUCUGUUUUUUUGGUGUGUGUGUGUGUGUGUGUGUGUGUGUGUGUGUGUGUGUGUGUGUGUGUGU